AUCAAUAUAUACAGUUAAAACAUGAAUUGGCCUGCAUCAUUGGAAAAAAAUCCAAACAGAACCUUCAUACUUCUUUUUCCAUCUUUUCCCUGGUAAUGAAUCCCUCAUGAGCAUGCUAUCAGAAACCCAAACUUGUUUGGUAAUUGCACAUCUGACCCCUCUUCCCUUUUAAAAGAAACAAAGACAAAUUUCGAACUCUAGUUAGAGCUCCAUGGCCAUGGCUACCAUGAUGAUUAGCAGAAUGAUGAGCUUAUCCCCAUCAUCAUCAUCACCUGCUUCUUCUUCUUCUACACCGUUGGCAAGUCAGUCACUCUCAGCACCAUCAUCAAGAAGUUCACCAACCAACCUCCCGCUUCGUACAAUCCCAGGAACACAUGGUUGGCCUUUGGUAGGACCAAUAUCCGACCGUCUAGACUACUUCUGGUUCCAAGGACAGGACACCUUCUUCAGAUCAAGAAUGGAGAAGCACAAGAGCACCGUUUUCCGUACCAAUGUUCCUCCAAGUUUCCCAUUCUUUCUGCGAGUGAACCCCAACGUCAUAGCUAUUGUUGACUGCAAGUCCUUUGCUCAUCUUUUCGACAUGGAAAUUGUGGAGAAAAAGGAUGUUUUGGUAGGGGAUUUCAUGCCCAGUGUCAACUUCACUGGAAAUUCCAGGGUUUGUGCUUAUCUUGACACCUCUGAGCCAAAACAUGCCCAGCUGAAGAACUUUGCUAUGGACAUCCUCAAGCGGGGCUCCAAGGUGUGGGUGACAGAACUUAUAGGCAACCUGGACAAAUUCUUCGACACCAUUGAAUCCGAUAUCUCCAAAAACGGCAGCUCAACUUACCUCUCACAUCUCCAAAAGUUCAUCUUCAAUUUCCUCUGCAAGUCCCUCGUUGGAGCCGACCCUGCCGUCGACGCUGAUAUUGCCAAUUCCGCUACUUUCACCCUCGACAUAUGGCUCGCCCUCCAACUCCUCCCCACCACCCCUAUCCGAGUUAUUCAGCCCCUGGAAGAGAUAUUUCUUCACUCUUACACUUACCCUUUUGCACUCGUAAGUGGAGGCUACCAAAAACUCUAUAACUUCGUUGAACAGCACGGUAAAGAUGUUGUGCAGCGCGGUGAAAAGGAGUUCGGCCUUUCGAAGUCCGAUUCCAUCCACAAUUUGCUGUUUGUUCUUGGGUUCAAUGCCUAUGGUGGCUUCUCCAUUUUUUUACCUACAUUACUCGCCAAAAUAGCUAGUGACAAAACUGGGUUACAAGCCAGGUUAAGAGAAGAAGUGAGAAAAACAUCUGGGUCGACAGCAACAAGAUUGAGUUUUGACUCGUUGAAAGACAUGGAGCUGGUGAACUCAGUUGUUUACGAAACGUUGCGGUUGAACCCGCCUGUUGCACUUCAAUAUGCAAGAGCUAGGAAGGAUUUUCAACUCACUUCUCAUGACUCGAUUUUUAACAUAGAAAAAGGUGAGUUGUUGUGCGGGUAUCAGCCUCUGGCUAUGAGAGAUGGUAAAAUUUUUGAUGAUCCGGAGACUUUUAAACCUGACCGGUUCGUGGGGAAUGGGAAAGACUUGCUGAGUUACUUGUUCUGGUCGAAUGGGCCACAGACCGGGUCGCCGAGCGAGUCAAAUAAGCAAUGUGCAGCAAAGGACUAUGUGACUCAGUCAGCUUCAUUAAUUCUAGCUCGCAUGUUUCAAAGGUAUGAUUCAAUUAGUGGGGACUCUAGUAAAAUCACAGCCAUUGAAAAGGCAAAGUGAUGAUAGAUUAGAUAAGAGUAUGCAUAGUGGCAUUUUGUUGUGGACCAAUGUUCAUGAUUACAUGGCGCUUAGCGGUAAGAUGCAAUAAGUUACUGCAGAAUCAACGUGUAGAACACGGAGCAGUAUGAAAAAACAAAUACAUUUUCUAGUAAUUUUCUA